AUGAUAUGCGGCAACACCGGCAACUACACGGCGAACAGCACGUACCAGUCCAACCUCAACCUCAUCCUCUCCUCCCUCGCCGCCAACGCCUCCGGCGGCGGCGCCGGGUUCUCCGAAGGCACCGCCGGCCAGACCCCCAACAAGGUCUCCGGCCUCGCCCUCUGCCGCGGCGACGCCAACGCCUCCGCCUGCGGCUCCUGCCUCCGCCUCGGCGCCUCCGACGUCCUCAACCUCUGCCCCUACGACAAGGACGCCAUCAUCUGGUACGAUGACUGCCUCAUCCACUUCUCUGACUUGCACUUCCUCACCUCCACGGGCAACUCGCAGCAAGCGGUCUUGUAUAACAGCAACAAAAUCACCUACAAACCCCAUGUAUUUGAUGAAAUGACUGCAUGGUUGAUCAAUAGAACAGCCGACUGGGCAGCACACAACACAAAGAGUAGGUUUGCGACGGCGGAGGCAAAGUACACAGCCGAUAUACCGUUAUACGGGUUGGUGCAGUGUACACCAGAUUUGACGCCAGUAGAGUGCUGGCAGUGUCUGCAAAGUCUAAUUGGCGAGAUGCCCCAGUGGUUCUUAGGGAGAGAGGGCGGGCGAAUUCUUGGAGUGAGGUGCAAUCUCCGGUAUGAAGUGUAUUCAUUCUUUGAUGUGGCACCCUCGCUAAGGCUUGUUCUUCCGGUAGUAAGUGCUCCAGCGCCUGCUCCUGUUGUACAUACCCCAGUAUUUGUUCCGGCUAGGGAAGAAGGAAAGAAGAAGAAUGUAACAGCAACAGUUCUCGCAAUUGCCCUACCUCUAGCUACUGCUCUUGUUCUUGUAUCUGCUAUCUGCAUUUGCUUCUGGAGGAAGAGAUCAGCAAUAAAACAACCACUAUUAUAUGAAACUACUGCAGAGGAGAUCAGAAGUGUUGACUCACUGCUUAUUGAUCUGCCAACACUGAGAGCUGCAACUGGUAAUUUUGAUGAGGUCAAUAAACUUGGUGAGGGAGGAUUUGGUGCUGUUUAUAAGGGGAUCCUACAUGAUGGGCAUGAGAUAGCAGUUAAAAGACUAUCAAGAAGCUCAGGGCAAGGAAUAGAGGAACUGAAAAAUGAGCUUGUUCUUGUAGCCAAACUUCAACACAAGAAUCUUGUAAGACUUCUAGGCGUAUGCUUGGAGGAGCAAGAGAAGCUUCUUGUCUAUGAAUAUGUGCCUAACAGAAGCUUAGACACCGUUCUUUUUGAUUCUGAGAAGAAGCAGCAGCUUGACUGGGGGAAGAGGUAUAGGAUCAUUAAUGGAAUAGCUCGAGCACUAGUAUAUCUGCAUGAAGAUUCUCAGCUGAAAAUUAUUCAUAGGGAUUUGAAAGCUAGUAACAUUUUACUAGGCGCAGACAUGAACCCUAAGAUUUCAGACUUUGGUCUGGCUAGGCUUUUUGGAGGAGAUCAAACUCAGGGGGUCACGAGCCGCGUUGUUGGGACAUUUGGAUAUAUGGCACCAGAAUAUGCCAUGCACGGCCACUUCUCAAUCAAGUCAGAUGUAUUCAGCUUUGGUGUUCUUAUUCUGGAGAUCAUCACAUCGAGGAAAAACACUGCUACCCUCAAAUCUGAGCAGGCUGAAGAUCUCUUAACCUAUAUAUGGGAGCAUUGGAUCAACGGAACAAUUCUAGAG